AUGAAGGGUUUUAUUCCAUUGAUCCUGGGUCUUGCGGCCUCGGUCGCCUCCGCUGCUACGCCGGCGACUCCCGGCCUAACCUACCUGUACUCGCUCAAUUGCACCCUUGGAGCGGCGCUGUCGGUCGGCGCAGGACCUCACGGCACACGCACCGUGAUCCCCAUCACGGGCGGCACAUUUUCUGGGCCUAAGUUGUCCGGAAAAGUUCUUGACCUUGGGGCCGACUGGGGCUUGGUCGACAAGGAUGGUACCUUCUCAGCCGACACACGCUACCAGCUGCAGACAGACGACGGCGCGCACAUUUUUAUCCGCACGUCCGGGCCGGCUCAGGCUGACGGAAAAAUUCACCUGCGCAUGGUAUUCGAGACGGGCAACGCCGAUUAUUACUGGCUUAACAACAUUGUCGCGGUUGGGAUCUUGACAACAGGGAACGGAUAUGUCGCAAUUGAUGGAUGGCAACUGGACAGUCCCAAGUAG